AGAGAGAGAGAGAGAGAGACGAGAGAAAACAGAGAGAGAGAUAAAUAAACGGAGAAAGGAAUAAUGGCGAUCGGUGAAGAGCAUCCUCCAUAAAACAUUUUAAUUAACAGGUUUUUUUUUUUUAUUUGGGGUUGAUUUGACUGGGUUCUAGCGGAUGAUUCCGUUUGAUUACUGAUGCUUUGUGGUGGAGAGGGAAAGAAAUGGACUUGUGGGAAAGCUGGUGUGGUAAGUUUGCAAAAAGUGGCUUCUUUAGUCCGGGAUCUAAGCCAGCCUUGUCUUUCACAACCAGGGAUACAGCUUCUUUUAUCUAUAGGCAAGAUGCUUAAGCCAGAGAAGUGGAGGGCUUUUUUCGAUUGUGAUGGAAAGGUUUUUGGUUUCCAGAAGGCGCUCAAAUUAAUUAUCUUGGGGGGGAUCGACCCAUCAAUAAGAGCUGAAGUUUGGGAGUUUCUCCUUGGCUGUUACGCAUUGAGCAGCACCUCUGAGUACCGUAGUCAACUCAGGGAAGCUCGAAGAGAACGAUACAAUGAUCUGCUGAAGCAAUGCCAGAUGAUGCAUUCGAGCGUGGGAACUGGUUCGCUUGCCUAUGUUGUAGGAUCCAAAGUCAUGGACAUGCGAAAAUCAUACAAGAAGGAAGUUGUAAAGGAAUCUACAGACGGAAGCACAGAAGCUUCUGUAAAUGAUAAUGAGAAAACCGAAAAUCAAAAUGAUUCGAGUAAUAACGACACUGACACAUCUCAUGGCCAUAGAAGAGGAAGUUCUAGUGAGUCAGUUGACAUAGUAAGUGGAAGAGAAAGUCCUGAAAGCACUCCUUUUGUUGCGGAUGGUGUUUUUGACUUCCCCUCUCUAGCAGUCACAGAUUUGUUUGGGAGGAGUAGUCUAGAUAAGAAAGGGGUUUCUACUCCAGAUGAGGAAGCUUCAGUUCGUAGUGAGUUAAGAUCUGAGGAUGAGGGAAUGCACAGUUUUAGAAUUGAUAAGAACGCAGAUCUUGUUAUAGAGUCUUCUUAUAACAACAACAGAUCUGCAUCCAUUCACUCAGAAAUUGAAGCGGUGCAUCCUGAAUCUGUUGAACAGCUGUUUCAUUCCGGCUCCACGGUGGAGAUAGUUGAUGGUUUGAGAAUCUCAGAUGUCCCUGAAGUGCCAUCAGCAAAGGAGACUCCUUCUCGUGGUGGGACUGUCACGGAAGAUCGGAUGUCUGAAUGGCUUUGGACAUUGCACCGAAUAGUUGUGGAUGUGGUAAGGACAGAUACUCACCUUGAGUUCUACGAGGAUCCAAGAAAUCUAGGAAGAAUGUCUGAUAUCCUUGCGGUCUAUGCUUGGGUUGAUCCUGCAACUGGUUAUUGCCAAGGUAUGAGCGAUUUGGUGUCUCCUUUUGUGGUUCUUUUUGAAGAUAAUGCUGACGCUUUUUGGUGCUUUGAGAUGCUCAUAAGAAGAACGCGUGCAAAUUUCCAGAUGGAGGGACCAACUGGAGUGAUGGAUCAGUUGCAAACACUGUGGCAUAUAUUGCAACUCACAGAUAAAGAAAUGUUCUCUCACAUAUCUUGUAUUGGUGCUGAAAGCCUUCACUUUGCGUUCCGGAUGCUGUUGGUGUUGUUCCGAAGGGAGUUAUCUUUUGACGAGGCUCUACGGAUGUGGGAGAUGAUGUGGGCUGCUGAUUUUAAUGCAUCUGUUGCUGAAACUCUGGAGAAUGAUUGCUUGGAGCCGUUGGUGAUUCAGCUUCCUAGACAAUCAGAAGCUGAGAUAGGGGACCCUAAGAUAGAUGAUGGACAUAGGAACAGUACAACUAGUGAACCAACUUCGAGGAGCAGCGACAGAAUGUCAAAGAGCGGACCAUUGUCAAAGAGCAGUCUGUUGUACAUAAGCAGUCUACUGCCAAGAAGUGGUCCAUUGCCAAAGACUGGUCCUAUGUCUGACGAUAACGAUACUGAGAUGAAAUCAGCAUCAUCUUCAUAUAACUUCUGUGGCUUGACAAGAAGCUUAUGGUCUAGGAACGAAAGAACACAUGUCUCUUCUGUAGUUUCAUCCUUUGAAAAAGGAGAUGACCCUCUUCCAGUCUUUUGUGUGGCAGCGAUCCUAAUCAUGAAUCGGCAUAAGAUCAUGAAGGAAGCUCGAUCCAUUGAUGACAUGAUCAAGAUAUUUAAUGACAAGCUGCUUGCAAUUCGAGUGAGAAGAUGCAUACGCACAGCCAUGAAACUUCGUAAAAAAUACAUAUACAAGAAUCAGGUAAUCAAGAUCAAGAACCACACAGUCCCAGAUACCGAAUCAAACCACGAACCAGAUUCCGGAGGAGAUUCAAAGUCAUGAUGAGAACUUUAGCCAAAAAAGUUCAUGCCAUGGUCCUGCCCAUUAAAGAAUGAUUACUAAAGAUAGAUUCCACCAAUAACCGUUAGUUUUCCUACAAAAGACAUACUAAGAUAUAUAUAUAUAUAUAUAUAUAUAUAUAUAAAAGAAGAACAAGCUUAAAACAGGUAGGUCAUCUUUGGAUUUUGCUAGUUAAAGAUUCAUGAGUUUAUGUAUGCGUACAACGUUUUUGACAACUUUUCAAGGUAAAUUUUGAUCAAUUCAUCAUCUAAUAUGUAGUGUGACCAAUGAUGGAUUUUAGAAAAAAAGUUUUAUUUAA